AUGAAUACGGCUCUGUUCUUAGAUAAGCAAAUAAUGGAUCUCAUGAACGACAAUAAUUCACAAGACGGCGGCGAUCACCAGAAGCACCGUAUCGGCGAUAAUGGCCUGGAGUCGAAGAAGGAAGCGAUCUUUCCUAGCUAUGAUUUUCAACCUAUUCGACCUAAUACCACCGUCGGAUUAUCUCACUCCGCUUUAGAUCUCGCCGGAUCUGUUAACUCCACGGCGUCUAGGGUUUGGGCUUCUGAUUUGCAACCGAUUUCAACUUCAUCAGCAAGAAGUUAUGACUCUCUUGAACCUUCGAAAUUGUUUGCUGAGAAGGAUCGGAAUGUCUCUGAGUCAGCGAUUAUAUCUGCGAUCGAUCGGACAAUGAAGACACAUGCUGAUAACUUGCUACAUGCUAUGGAAAGUGUUAGCGCUCGUCUAACGCAGCUUGAGACCAGAACCCGGAAUCUCGAAAACCUGGUAGAUGAUGUGAAAGUCUCUGUUGGGAACAGUCACGGAAACACUGAUGGCAAAAUGAGACAGCUUGAAAACAUCUUGUUAGAGGUGCAAAGCGGUGUACAGUUGUUGAAGGACAAACAAGAAAUAGCUGAAGCGCAGCUUCAGCUUUCGAAGCUUCAAGUGUCAACGGUAAACCAGCAGCCCGAGAUGCACUCUACACAUGUUAAACCUACUGCUCAACCGCCCGCAUCACUGCCUCAGCCAUCAGCUUCUGCUACAGCUCCCCCUUCUCUGCCUCAGCAGAGCCUCCCGCCAGUACAAUAUAUCCAACCGCCUGCCUCACAGCACAGUCUCCCGCCACCUUCAUCACAACUGUCUCAGCUUCCCAGCCAGUUUGCUCCCCAACAAGAGCCUUAUUUCCCUCCGCCUGGUCAGUCCCAGCCGCCUCCGGCAAACCAGCCUCCUUAUCAAGCUCCUCCUCCUCCAAUCCAGUCACUGCAUCAACCACCUUACCAGUCACCACCUCAACAGCCACAAUACCCUCAACAACCACCUCCUCAACUUCAACAGUCAUCUUCGGGUGGCUUUAACCCGGAGGACCGACCAUACCCUCCACAAUCUUACCCGCCAAACCCUCCUCGUCAACUACCUUCUCAUCCGCCUCCUGGUACUGCCCCACCUCAACAGUACUUCAAAGGCCCUCCAAUGCCACCAUCAAUGUACGAUGUAUCAGGUGGUAGAUCCAAUUCAGGUUUCCCUUCCGGGUACUCUCCUGAACCGUACCCAUAUACCGGUCAAUCUUCUUCACAGUUUGGAAACUCCGAAACCCUGAAACCGCCACAUCAGAGUGGAAGUGGAUCUGGUUAUCCGCAACUCCCAAUGGCACGCCCACUACCACCACAAGCUCUACAGAUGGCAUCAGCCAUCAGCAGCGGUGGAAGUGGUGGCUCGGAUUCCCCAAGAUCCGGAAGCAGAGUCCCAGUCGAUGAUGUCAUCGACAAGGUGAGCAGCAUGGGAUUUUCGAGGGACCAAGUGAGAGGAACAGUGAGGACAUUGACUGAGAAUGGUCAAGCCGUUGACCUGAAUAUAGUUUUAGAUAAGCUGAUGAAUGGAGAUAGAGGAGCUCUGCAGCAGCAGCAACAACCACCAAGAGGUUGGUAUGGUGGUCGUUAG